AUUAUUAGGGCUUAUACAGUUAUAUAAUGGCCCAAAUGGAUUAAAACCGCUAAUCGCUAUCGGCGUUCUGUGAAACGGGCAUUCGCGUUCCCCUCGUCCUCGAAAUUCGAAAAUGACUAAACUAGCCCUCCACCUCUGAGCUCUCUCACCUCACCUCCGCGUCCAUGCCUAUAUAAAACUCGCCGGAGAUGAAAAUCUAACCAGAAAGCGCGUCGCCUUCCUUUUCCGUAAAUUGGCCCCAGAUCACCGACACUCUCUCUCGCUCCCCCAAUUUCGACACCGACACGAUCCGUCUCAGCGAUCUAGAUCCCAUCACUAUCAAUGGCGUCCGGGCACGAUGGAUCCAGAUCCGACUCCGCCACCACUCCGAACGGAGAUUCUGCCGCGGCGGAAACGCCGAGGAAGAUAGCUCUGAUAACCGGAAUCACCGGUCAGGAUGGAUCGUACCUGACGGAGUUCCUGCUCGGCAAAGGCUACGACGUUCACGGCCUGAUUCGUCGGUCGUCCAACUUCAACACGCAGCGGAUCAAUCACAUCUACGUCGAUCCUCACAACGUGCACAAGGCUCGCAUGAAGCUCCACUAUGCCGAUCUCACCGACGCCUCCUCGCUCCGCCGGUGGAUCGACGUCAUCAAGCCUGAUGAGGUCUACAACCUGGCCGCUCAGUCGCACGUCGCCGUCUCCUUCGAGAUCCCGGACUACACGGCCGAUGUUGUCGCUACUGGAGCACUCCGCCUCCUCGAGGCCGUCAGAUCUCACAUCUCCGCCACCGGCCGGACCAUCAAAUACUACCAGGCUGGAUCCUCGGAGAUGUUCGGAUCCACUCCGCCUCCGCAGUCCGAGACGACACCAUUUCAUCCGAGAUCUCCCUACGCGGCGUCCAAGUGCGCGGCCCACUGGUACACCGUCAAUUAUCGAGAAGCCUACGGUCUAUUCGCCUGCAACGGUAUUCUGUUCAACCAUGAGUCACCGCGUCGGGGCGAGAACUUCGUGACCCGUAAAAUAACUCGGGCCGUGGGACGGAUAAAGGUAGGAUUGCAGAGGAAGGUCUUCCUGGGAAAUCUCCAGGCGUCGAGAGACUGGGGAUUCGCAGGGGACUACGUGGAGGCAAUGUGGUUGAUGCUGCAGCAGGAGACGCCGAAGGAUUACGUGGUGGCAACAGAGGAGUCGCACACAGUGGAGGAAUUCCUAGAGGUGGCGUUCGGCUACGUAGGGCUGAACUGGAAAGACCACGUGGAGAUAGACAAGAGGUACUUCAGGCCGGCGGAAGUGGACAACCUGAAAGGAGAUGCGAGCAAGGCAAAGGAGGAGCUGGGGUGGAAGCCGAGAGUAGGGUUCGAGCAGCUGGUGAAGAUGAUGGUCGACGAAGACCUAGAGCUCGCCAAGAGGGAGAAAGUGCUAGUGGAUGCUGGUUACAUGGAUCCUCAGCAGCAACCUUGAUCCUCCUCGAUCAAAAAAACAAAAAGAAGAAGAAGAGGAGGAGUGGGUAAUCAUAUUUUAUCUGGUGAUAUUUAUUUAAUUGAAAUGUGUUUUUUUUUUUUUGGUUCCCUUGUUGUUUUGAUCUCCCCAUCCGAAUGUUGUUGAAUUGUUCAGCUGGCCCUGAUUUUGUAUGCAUUUCGCCGCCUACAAACUUUAACAAAGAGAAAGUUCCCAGAAA